GGCGCGAGAUGCCACGGCGGAAGGGAAAGAACAACAGUAAACAGGACGAAAGUUUGUUAUUGUUAGAACCUUCAGUUGGACAUUCGCGAGGAAUUCACGAAUAUGUUCUCCCAAUUAGUUUGUUUUUUAUCGUCGCUAUUGGAGGAUCAACAAUCGGUUGGUUCUGUAAUCAACAUCAGCAAACUAUCGACAGUCUGUCGGAAGCGCUGACAUCCAUGCAGACAAGAAUCACACAGUUGCAGCAACACUUGGGGACAGGUAAUGCUCAGCUUGCCAGUGUAGGCGGUUUUGAGGAGCGUCUAGUGGCUCUGGAAGAGGCCUAUACCAAAUCUCAGAGGCAGGCUGAGGUAGCCCUGGCUGCUUCUGAACAAAUCAAGUACAGAGACAUUCAGAGCAAAGUCUGGGAUUUACAAACUGAACUGAACUCAAAAUUAGCUGUGCUCCAAAAGAACACAAUUUCCAUUGCAUCUCUAAAUGCCAUAAUCAAGAACAAAAGUGAUGAAUUGGAAACUGUGAAACAAAGUGUUACCAACAUCCUGAGUACUAAUUCUGAGUUAACCAUUAGUAUUUCCAAGCUAUCCAACACUGUUUCGGUCACAAAAUCACGUCUAGAUGAACAAAUAUCAGUUGUGGAUGCUCUGAUGUCUCAGCUGCAGGGCCAAAAGCUUGAGAUUAAUGUGAUAAAAGAGUCGUUUUUCUACAACCAGGAAGCAAUGGAUGAAACUGCACAGGAACUUAUAAAUGUCAAAGAAUUUCUAGAAUCAGAGCAAGUUAAGAGGUCUAAGGUUGUUGAUGAACAGAUAAAGUCUUUGCAGAAGAGUCUGGAAGAUCAUCAGACCAGCACCAGGAGGUUUCAUUCCCAACUCACUACCCAGCUAGAGGCUGUCCAGACCCAGGAACUGAGCAAAGUGGAAAAAGAGGUUCAAUUUGAUAAGCAGGCAGACACAGCAGAUGACAAGGAGCAAGCAACUGAAGAGGGGUCAGAACAUCCUAAGCAAAAAUUUGCUGAUGAACUUGAAGGAAGAGAGGAGGUAGAAAUUACUAAUGAUUUUAGCACAAGAAAGGAGAAAGACGUUACUGAGGACUUCAGCACGAGAGAGAAGAAAGAAGUUACUGAGAACUUCAGCACAAACGGUGAUGUAAUUUCUGAAGAAUUUAAUAAAAGACAGAUGAAAAAAGUUAUUGAGGAGCAAGAAAAAAAUGAGGGAGAAAUUGUAGAGGAGUGGGAAAUGGAAAGACAAAUUGCUGAGGACUUCAGCACAAGAGAGGAGAAAGAAGUUACUGAGGACUUCAGCACAAAAGACAAUGAAAUUACUGAGGACUUCCAUACAAGAGAGUUGACAGAAGUUACCGAGGAGCAAGAAAAAAAUGAAGUUGUAGAGGAGCAGGAAAUGGAAAGACAAAUUGCUGAGGAUUUCAGCAUAAUAGAGGAGAAAGAGGUAACUGAGCAGCAAGAAAAAAGUGAGGAAGAAAUUGCAGUGGAGCAGAAAAUGAAAAGACAGACUACUCGGGAGCAAGAAGUAAGAGAGGGAGAAAUUACUGAGGAACAAGAACAAAAAGAUGAGGAAGAAUUUGCUGAGGAGCAAGGUGUAACUGGACAAGAAGCAACUACUGUUACAGAAGAGGUUGAAGAAAGUGAGCAAUGUUUAGAGGAAACAGAGACGAUACAAAUUGCUUCAGAUGAUAUAGGUAAUAGAAUUGAUAACAAGGAGGAGGAUGCUUUGGAGGAAGAAAAGAAGGUGGAUGUUGCAGAGGUAGUUCAGCACCCACCAAAGAAGAUCGACAUGAUCACAAUUGAAACAGAGAAGCAAAUAGAUGAGAUUGAUGCAAAGGAGAUCCAGACUCCUUUAGAGGAUUCGGGCUUGGCUGCUACUGAAACAGAGAAGACUGUAGUGGAGGAUCAAAUGGAGGUGAAAGUUACAAAGGAGAUUCAGAGUCUAUCAGAGGUUAAAGACAAUGUCAGAAAUAAAAAUCAUGAGUCCUUUGCUCAGAAGCAAGUAGAGGAGAAUGUUGAAGAAGAAAUCCAGACAUCAUCCAAAGAGAGGCACAUGGGGGUUAUUGAGAUGAAAGAAAAUGACACAGAAAAUCAUAAAUCAGAGGCUGCUGGGAAAGGGCUGCACACUCUUUCAGAUGAGAUAGAUAUUGGUGCAAAUGAGACCUCAGAGGAACAGUUGGUAGGCAUUGUCCAGGCAGAGAAUGAGCAUGAACCAGAGAGAGAGCUUCCAGAAUCUGGCAAGGACUAGUUUUUUUCAGGGAAAAAAAACAAACAAACAAAAAAAAAAAAAGUAAAAAUAAAUGCAAAAUUUCAGAGAUAACAUGUUGUGAAAGAGGCUGUUGUGGCAGUAGAUGAGCAAAUUUUCUCAAAACUAUUAUAGACUUUGUUUCUUUAACAAAAAUACUUUUGUGUGAAAAAUAAAUAAGCCUCCCAGUUUUCUCUGAACGGUUUUUGAUCAAUUUGAAUGAUAUUUAUCAUAUAGUUCCUUAGUCUUGCACUUUUUUUCCUGAUUGAACACCAAAACUGGAUGAGGCCAAAAUUGAGUUAUGGAAUAAUAGUAUUUUGAGAGAAAGACUCCUCCCUCUCCACUCCCUAUUUAUAUCAUCAAACUCUCUUUCUUCGUCCAUGAUGAAAUUUUACACUCUCUCUUUCUUUCCUUCAUCGUCUCCUCUUUCGUCACCCCUUCACAGAGUUGGGAGAGGGAGUGGCUUUAACACCUGCUAAGGCCCAAAACUCCAUUACAUACAGUCUCUACUACACCCCUCCCCCAGCUAUUCCCUUUCAAACAUAUAGGGCAUGAUAUGUACUUUCAAACUGUAUAUUUAAACUCUAAGAUGGGAACUGCUCUAUUUGCUAAACUUUAGCAACAAAAAGGGUAAAAGUUGUACAUCACUGUAGGUGAUAAUAGUACAUUUUAAACAUGUUCUAUUUAGAUUUUCUUCCUUCAACUAGACUAGACUUUUUAAAUAAACCAGUUUCUAUGUUUUCUA